ACUCCUGUAGUGGAAUUAGUGACCAACCUUUCUGUUUCCAUCUCUGUUUAUUUCCUGAUACUGCCAUCUCACUCGCUUUUGAUUAGCCUUCACUUUCGUUGAUUUUUUUUUGAUUAGCAAAUGUCAGUUUGUUCAGCGUUUCUUGUUUUUAAGCAAAAUUUUAAAUUUAAAUUCAAGAGCAUUUGCCUUGAAGCCCGGGUGCUCCGCGUAGUUGGGGUAAAAUGAUGAAGCCCAGUCGAUUCCGUUCGCUGGUGAAAUGCAGCGCAUCUCGCUCCAUCCUUAAAGGGAAUACUACGUCCAGGAUCGUGGAACGUCACAAGUGUAGCUGCCUGACACUCGAGAAUACGUUCAAGUGCUACGAUUUGGAGACGGGGCCCACGAUGGACGUGGAGCUGUCCCGCUGCGACGCCCUCUCGAUGUACACGAAGAUGCUGGAGAUGCGCCGGUUCGAAACGGUGGCGGGCAAUUUCUACAAGCAGCGUCAGAUCCGUGGCUUCUGUCACCUGUACAGCGGCCAGGAGGCGGUGGCCAUUGGGAUGAAGCAGCAGUUGCGGCCGUGCGAUUCGGUGAUCACCGCCUACCGAUGUCAUGCCUGGACCUACCUAAUGGGCGUCUCCAUGUACGAGAUCAUGGCGGAGUUACUGGGCGUUCGGACUGGAUGCAGCCGGGGAAAAGGUGGCUCCAUGCACAUGUAUGGCGAGAACUUCUACGGCGGCAACGGAAUUGUGGGUGCCCAGGUGCCAGUGGGCACCGGUGUCGCCUUGGCCCACGCCUACCGCUGUGAUGGCGGCGUCUGCGUCGUCCUCUACGGCGAUGGUGCCGCCAACCAGGGCCAGGUCUUCGAGUCCUACAACAUGGCCAAGCUCUGGUGCCUGCCCUGCAUCUUCGUCUGCGAGAACAAUCACUAUGGGAUGGGCACCCACGCGAAGCGGGCCUCGGCCAUGACCGAGUUCUACAUGCGGGGUCAGUACAUCCCCGGUCUCUGGGUGGAUGGCAACCAGGUUCUGGCCGUGCGCAGCGCCACCCAGUUCGCGGUGGAUUAUGCCCUCAACGAGGGACCCAUCGUGCUCGAGAUGAGCACGUAUCGGUAUGUGGGUCACUCCAUGUCCGAUCCUGGGACUUCGUAUCGCACAAGGGACGAGGUGCAGUCGAUCCGAGAUAAACGCGAUCCGAUCGCCAGCUUCCGCAGCCAAAUACUCGAACUCUGCUUGGCCGACGAGGAGGAGCUGAAGGAACUGGAGGAGAAGACCAAGAAGCACGUCGACGCCGAGUGCAAGAAGGCGGCCGCCGACAAGGAGGUGGAUCUGCACGAGCUGAACACGGACAUUUAUGCCAAGAACGUGGACGGCAAGAUCCGUGGUGUGUCUGGAUUCAAUCUGGAGCACAUCAGGUUGUCGGAAGUGUGCUUCGGCAAGCCAAAAAAGACGCCGGCCAGUGAGAUCAAUGACGUGCCUGAGGAUGAGGGGAAAAAAGGUAAAAAGGGUGCCAAGGGAAGCGCUGGCAAGGAGGAGGGCAAGGAUGGCAAGGCACCCAAAGACCCCAAGGAUGCGAAGUCUUCUAAGGAAGCAAAUGCUCCUAAGGAUGCUAAAGACUCCAAGGGUCCCAAGGAUGCGAAGGACUCCAAAGCUCCCAAGGGAGGGGAGGGCCAGGCCAAGCCGCCUUCCGCUGAGGCCCCAAAACCGCCCGCAUCAGCUGCACCACCCGCUGCAGCUGCACCAUCCGCUGCAGCUGCACCACCCGCCAAGGCUCCGCCCGCCAAGGCUCCACCCGCCAAAGCUCCACCGGCCAAGGAUCCAGCCGCCAAAGCGCCACCGGCUCCCAAGAAGUAGUGUCCGCAGCUUACCCCUUUACCGGAGUUUCCCACCCAAUUGAAAGCUUGGCCAAAAUGGUUUAGCUGAUUUCCAAACCUACAGCAUGGAAACAUCACUAUUUAAAUUACAGUUGAAGACAGUUACAGUGAAAAAUUUGCCAAAAUAUAUUUGUUAAAAUGAGGGAAAAUAUUAAACAAUCAUUUUAAAGUGUUAACUAUUUACUAUUAAAUAUGUAACCUUA